UCAUUGCAGGGGCUAUUGUGAAGGGGAUUAUUAAUAAAGGAGGUUUUGGAUUCUCUCUGGAAGCAAGUAACUGCAAAAGUUGUACUCAUGAUGGAAUAUCAGAGAAAUGGUAGUUCUGAAGAGAUCAUGAAAAUGGACAUGGAAUAUGAACGGAAGACGACAUUUAGUAAAGGUCGUCCAUGUAGAAGAAAAACUGGAAUCUUUGUGCUUCUAGGAACAGUCUGCAUGAUUAUUUUCAUGAUCAUGACCUCUGUCAUCCUUUUUCAUCAACAAAGAACAUUCUCAGAGCUGAAGAGUUGGAUGAACGUUCAUAGUUCCAAUCGAACUUCAGUCAGUCCUGAUCUUCAGAUCACAGAAGUUCAAGAAAAGAAUAUUGAGACCUUGAUGAGCAAUCUUGCCUCUUCAAUCACAUCCAAACAAGAGGAAAACCAGCAAAAGCUGGAGCGUCAGCAGGGUCUGUCACACACUGAAGUGAAGAGUUUGAUGAACAAUUUGAGUUCUGCUGUAUCAGCGCUGACAUCCAAACUGAAUGAUGCAGUUGGCAACCAGGAGCAGAAACAGACUGAAACACAAAAAAUAUUAGACAAUUUGAAAUCAGCUGUUACUUCUCUACAAUCUGAUCAACGAGACAAGCAAUGUGACUUUGAGUCUCUGUCGAGCUCAAUGAAUGUCCUGAAGAGUUCAGUGUCGGAUCUCACUUCAUCUGUCGCAUCUCUUUCCUCUAAACAACAGACCUCUGAGGAGAGAGUCAUGAACGCGCUGAAUGAUCUGAUAUCUAACAUGAGCAACAAAACAGCAGACGUCCCUAUAACCUGUAAAUCUGGCUGGAUAUCAUACAAAAGCAGCUGUUUCUUGUUCUCUGGUAAUACACUCAACUGGACUGAGGCACGAGAUUACUGCAAAACACAGGGCGCGUUACUCCUCAAAAUACAAGACGACGACAGGGAGUGGGCAUUCUUGAACCAUCACACCAUACCCACAUUCUACUGGGUCGGUCUAACGGAUCAGACCACAGGCCAGUGGAGAUGGGCAGAUGACACUCCUUACACCAUAAACAAAGAACGCUGGAAUCCCGGGCAGCCGGAUGACUGGAUACUGGGAGAAGAAACAGAAGACUGUGGGGUGAUUACACGUACUGGAAAACUAAAUGACGGCCACUGUUACAAAAAAUUCAGAUUCAUUUGCAGAGUGCAAUUCUGAAACUGAAAAUAGCUGUGGUGUAGCGCCAUCUAAAUGACAAAUGAAAAGGAUUCAGUCACUAACGUGAAAACAUUUAACACUAUAUAUAACACUGGUUUGUAGGGGUGUGAUGAGAUCUCGUGCUCGCAAGAUUGUGACAAGAUUUCUUAUCGAGUUGAAAAGCUGUCUCUCGAUAUUGCCAUGACGGAGUGUGAAUUAGGAUAGAAUAUGCCACCGCUACGUUUACAUUACGCCUCCACUGUCGCUUUGCUUUUUAUAGAAAUAAAAACCAUUUAAUUUAGUCGGAUAAUGGUUGUUUCAAUCCCAUCCAUCUCAUCCAACACAAGAUGCAGAGUCGUACGUAGUGCAGCAAGAAUCAGAGUUCACUGAUCAUGUGAUGAGAGUAAGUGAUGCGAUGACUGAAAAGACCAUGGUGGAGGAUUCAUUGCUCAACAGAGCCAAAGCAAACUGUCUCAUCACACCCCUACUGAUUUCACAAUAAAUAGUGUUUAAUUUCUUUUUCUGUCUUAAUCAUCGCUUAAGAUAAAUCAGGAUUUUUACUUUUUCUACAAAAUGUGAUUUGUGUGGCAUUAGAAGAGCAUCAGAUGUUAAUUAUGCUUCCAUUUUACUUCAAAAUGUUUCUGCUGUUUCUUCAUACUUGACCUUUAGUAAGCAAUAAAUGGCUGAUCAUUAAUAAUAAAAUCAGUAACAGACUGGAUGAUUGCUUAUUAAAAUAUUGUAUUACUUUGCUUCUGUUCCAUUAAAUGAAUAAACUGCUCUCUAAAAAAAAAAAA